GCACUGUAAAACAUAACACAACACAGUCACUGUUUGAAAUGUAAAGAUUUAUCUGGAGGUGUUGAUAAUUUAGUGAAGUGUUCUGUAUAUGUAGUGGUUGGAUGUGGAAUAAAUGUUAAUGUUUACUUAUUGGUAUUGUUAAAAUACUGUGAUUACCCUUAGAUAAAGGCAGCAGAAAUCACGGCAACUAUGAAAAAUGCAACGCUUCACUUGUAAUCAUCUAGGUUACCGUACUUAACUAUAACCUUCAUUAGUUUCUUACCUGCUUGUGAGACUUGCUGCAAAAUGUCAGAGCCGAAAUUGGAAGAGGAACUGGAAACUGACUGGAGAGAUAAGCCAGACAGUGGAAACAAGAAACAUACACUUGAUUCUGAUGAAGAUGAUGAUGACAUUGAAGAAAGUACUUAUGAUGUCAUGGCAGAAGAUGAUAUUGAAGGUCAGGAAGAAGGAACAGCGACAUUUGAUGGAGAUGUGCGCAUUACACCUUUCAACAUGAAAGAAGAGUUAGAAGAGGGACAUUUUGAUACACAAGGAAAUUAUCACUGGAAGAAGGAGGGAAAGGUGAUACGUGACAGCUGGUUGGAUAAUAUUGACUGGGUCAAGAUAAAAGAGGCAGACAAGCCUGCAGAAGCAGAGCCCGAGAGUGACAGUGACGUAUCCAGUGUAGCAUUUGAUCAGAUUCCGGUUUAUCGGAAAAUGCUAGAGUAUAUGAAACCUGGAGAGACAGUUGCCAAGUCACUGAGAAGAUUGGGAGGCAAUAAGACAAUGUCGGCAUCUGAGCGGUGGCGCCGAAAAAAAGCAGGUCUGCAGGAUGAUUCUGGCAACAGUCAGCAUGUGACAGAUCUCACAGCAAUGGCGAAUCAACUGUUGUCAGAGACAGGCAACAUGGAUAUCUACCAAGAGAGCUAUGAGCACAUAACCUCCAUUGUUGAAGCAGCAGAUAUGAAAGCAAAGGCUGAGGAAUCUGCCAAGAAGUCAGCUGCACGGGCAUAUGAUGAUGCACUGGACAUGUAUGCUGAUGAUUUUGAUGAGAAAGAGAAAGCAAGACUUGAUGAAAAGAAGCAGAAACAUGAUGAUGGAAGUGAAACUGGAGAACCUGCAUCCAAAAGACAAAAGAUUCAAGAUUCUCAGGAAGGAUCAAAUGCAAACAGUAGCUCAUCUUCUGGUGCUAUUUCAGGUGGUGAACUGAUGUGGGAGUACAAAUUGGAAGAGAAUGCCACAGAGAUCAAUGGCCCUCACACCACAUCUCAGAUGCUGCAGUGGAUUAAAAGUGGGCAUUUUAAAGGUGACGUGUGGGUGCGCAAGUGUGGCCAGGAUGGACAAUUUUACACUUCGAGGCGGGUGGACUUUGAACUGUAUCUAUAAUAGUUCCUUGUAUAACACAGUACAGAAUUUUAUUAGUUCAAACACUGUUACGUAAUCAGUCAAGAAGUUCAUUGCAUAGGCUUUAAUGUAUUACUACAUUUAGUAAACAGCAGUGGGUUUUUAAUUACUGUAUACUUAUUUUUUCGUUUCUGAAACACUGAGUAAAGUACUGUGAAGACGACGAAUUCAGGUUACACUGAAUUUUUUGCGAUCAUGAAACAGAUUGAUAUUGUUUCAUAAAAUUAUGUAAUAUUUUUGGAAAACUUUUGUUUUCUGUUGAGUUAAUGUAAUUAUUGUAUAUAGGGAGACUAUAUAUAAUUUGAUUCUGUAAAGUAAAAAUAUCCUGUAUGUAUUUUAUUGUGGGACAAGGAAAACCCUCGGUCUCGUGAUUGAUAAUUGUAGGACUGAUUCGAUUGCAUAUUUACAAAUUGUACAAAAUGUACAUUAAGCUACAUUACAGCUGAUUUUUGUCUUUUAAGUAUAAGUUUUGCAACAGUCAGAGAAAUUAAUUAAAAUUGUUGUGCUGCUUAAUGUAAUCUGUAGUGUAUGAUUUGAAAUUCUGAGACACUGAAAUGUAUGAUAGUAACAGAAAAUUGAAUGAUUGCAGUUAUCUUACUAUAAUUAGAAAUCAUUUAAUAGGUAGCUGUACAUUGUUACUCAAUUACAUGUUUUAUUGUGCAUUGCGCCUGCCUUUCUAAUGUCAUGUUUCUGAUGUGGUAAUGUUAUUUCCUUUACUGCCAUAUCCAUGCUGUGAUGACUGUGAUAUUAUGCACAACACUAUGUAGUGUGACACAAUUGUUGUUGAUACAAGCAGAUUCUAUCAUAUUUGUAUGGGACUUAUUCUUCAAAAACUAAUUAAAUGAAUUAAGAUCUAGAAAUACUCCUGCUUGUGACCUGCCUCUACUCCUUGCUUUUCAGAAAAUAUUUUAGGCACUUAUUGUGUACAGUACACUUGAUUCACUUAUGAAAUAAACAGGCAUUUGCUAAU